CACGGUAUGGUGGGAGCGAAACCGUUCACGGGGAUCGGCGGUAAAGCGUUCGCUCGCUCGCUCGUAGAAAACAAGUUCGCGAGUAUAACGGCCGCGUACGUUCGCGUUUCUCGAUACUAUCGAGACCUCCCUGCGUUCCCUGUCAGUGUGCUACACCUGCACCCGCCGAGAAUCUGUUAUGAGAGUGUCGAACGUAUACGGGAUACGCGAGUGUAGGUAGGAUUCGCGUACGCGAAUGCCCGGAGGGUAAUCAAUCCCGUGUGUGAGUGUGGUGUCCGUCGUGUCGCACGAUUGCCAGACGGGCGAUCGCGACUGACUUCGCAUCGCACGGCUAACUUCACAGCGUCGCUUGUGAACGAAGCGCGUUGCAAAGCGCGAUUUAUCGAGGUAGUCGAUAAAGGGUGGCCAGCCUUGUCGGCUGGGCCUUUGUCGAUUACGUGGAAAGAGGAACGAGAGCGUCCGCAGAGGUGUGAGUGCCCGCAGCGUGAACGGAUUGGCAAGGCCACAUCGUGCGUGCGCGUAUGCUGCAAUAUCUGGAGAGGACCACUGCGAAUGGGGGCACGGGUUGACAUAUGAAUGGUGUCGCGGUCACAGGGACACAGGCCUCGUACGUGAAUUCUCUGGUCAAGAUGUCAACGACCACUGAUGUCAAUGACUUGGCAGACACCCCGAAGGAAGGAACACCGAUCUUCCUGCAGACACGCGCGGCCCAGGGUAUCGCCGGUGUAUUCGUAUGGGUGGCACUCUUUCUCACUUGCCAACAGAUCUAUCAGCAUCUGAGGUGGUACACAAAUCCCACGGAACAGAGAUGGAUAGUGCGGAUCCUAUUUAUCGUGCCCAUUUAUGCGACAUAUUCCUGGAUCUCGCUGUUGUUCUUCAACAGUGAGAGUUACUAUGUCUACUUCUUCACGGUGCGAGACUGUUACGAGGCGUUUGUUAUAUAUAACUUUCUGUCACUGUGCUACGAGUACCUAGGUGGUGAGGGGAAUAUUAUGUCGGAGAUCAGAGGCAAGCCGAUACGUUCCAGCUGCCUGUAUGGUACCUGUUGCCUAGUUGGGAAGACAUAUACCAUUGGCUUUCUAAGAUUUUGCAAGCAAGCCACCCUACAGUUCUGUUUAGUUAAACCAGUCAUGGCGUUUGUCAUCAUAUUCUUGCAAGCCUUCGGCCAUUACAGAGAUGGAGAUUGGUCUCCCGAUGGUGGCUACAUUUACAUCACUGUAAUUUACAAUAUCAGUGUGUCGCUUGCACUUUAUGGGUUGUUUCUAUUUUAUUUCGCUACAAGAGACCUGCUGACGCCAUUCGAGCCUGUGCUCAAAUUUUGUACAGUGAAGAGCGUGAUCUUUCUGUCAUUCUGGCAAGGAGUAUUACUAGCCAUUUUGGAAAAGGCAAAUGUCAUUUCACCCGUUAUAAACAGUUUGGGUCAAUCAACAAGCGCUGGUACUGUCUCUGCUGGUUACCAAAAUUUUCUUAUCUGCAUUGAAAUGUUGUUUGCCGCUGUAGCUUUGCGUUAUGCGUUCCCGUAUCAAGUAUAUGCAGCUGGCUGCGUUACUGACUCUAGAGGUAGAAGCGUGACGAUGCAAAGCAUCAGUAGCAGUUUAAAAGAAACUAUGAAUCCAAAAGAUAUUAUGACCGAUGCCAUCCAUAAUUUCCAUCCACAGUAUCAACAGUACACGCAGUAUAGUGCUGGAGGCCCGAAAGGACAACGUGGUAUGCGAGUAUCCAGCUUCGAUCCAGAUGAUCCGCAAAAUAUGCCGGUACCACCACCGCAAAGGCGAAACGUCUCUCAUCAGCGCGUCGCCACGAUUUCGCAAAACUAUAACGAGAAAACGAUGUUGUUGAGCAGCGAUGAUGAAUUUCAAUAAAGCACACACGCACGCACGCUCGCACGCAGAUGCAUGCGCGCACAUGCGUUUUAGAGAAUGUGAUUUAAGCCCGGAUUGUAUUGACGGAUGUUGCAUUACAAUGCGGGACUUCCAUGAGACUCCCUAGAAACCCGCUUUCGAAACAUAAAAGAGAAAAAAAAAGAUACCUUUUAAGCGAUUACGCGCGAAACGAAAUGACUUACGUAGAAACGCAAUGUUCUCUCGGGAAUACAAAACAGAUACAGAUUAGCAAGGAUGAGGAAAAGAUAUAUCGCGUGGGGUGUAAGAGCGCAUUACGCUACACUGUAAUAGUUCCAUAAUGUUACAUCCAUGUUAAUUAUAUAUGUAUUAUGUUAUAACAUACGAGUAAAUAGUAUAGAAGAUAUUUAUUUUAAUAUGCUGAGGCGUGUUUGAGGCAGUGUUAUCUAUAUACCUGUGGCUCUACUCUCUCUACGACACUGUAUAAGAGAUUAAUUGCACGAUAAAAAAGUAACUCUUCGUAAAUAAGUGAAUGUAAUUAUAUAGUACUUAAUUUUAUAGAAUCACAGUUUCCUUGGAUUAUGAUCGUUCGUGAUACGUCUACGUCGACACAUGUUUACACUUUUUAUUUUCUUUCUUUACUUUUAGUUGCGUUCAGUUUGAAUUCUCGCAUUUAUAUCCGUAGAAAGUCUCGGAGCUUCAAGUAGGAGCCACAAAAAUGUUUGCGUCCUUCUCUACAGUCUUGUAAAAUUACUUCUCUUCUUUAGUCCUACGAGAUUCAUACAUGUAUAUAUCAUUGCAGUAGAUUAUCGAUAGAUUCUGAAAACGCAGGAGAGUUGACGAAUAUCUCAUCAAUGAGAGCCUUUUAAUAAAAAGAAAAAGAAAACAAAAAGAGACAAAGAAAUUAUAUAAUACAUUAUACGCGCAAAAAAGUGCAAAGACAAUUGAUGGGUAUUGUGUCAGAUGUGAAUAAAAAUUUGGUAUUUGGUGUCUUUAUGUAUAUAACUGUGUAAUAAUCCUCAUAUUUUUUUUAAAACAUAAGAGAAAUGGGAAAUCUAUUUUAUAUGACAGCACACGGUACUCAAAUCUUUCGUUGCCGUUUAAGAACAAAAGAAACGAGUAAGGAACAAAUAAAAACAAAUCUGUGAACAAAUUUUAUUGUCCUACUACAUCUCAGAAUAAAGAGACGAAAUGAUUAUA